GGAAUAAUGAUUUUGUACUGGUUAGCAUCAUUUUAUCCCAUAAAAUACAUACACUCAUGAACACACAACCUCCUAAAACACACAGAGAUGUACUGGAACUGUUGGUGCUAAGCUGACUAAGCCCAAUUCCACGAUUAAUGGACAGGACUGCCUCAGAAAACAAGCUGGAGGGAACCUCAUUGUGCCCUGUGAUAUUUUAUUGACAGCAGAGGCUGAAAGAGGUCAGCUGGGUGAAAAGGUUCAUGAUGAUUCCAGGAGCCUUCUGUUUGACUGAGAACAGAGAAGCAACAGACUGAAAAUCACAGCCAGUAGUCCUGGAUAAUAUAUUUGAGCUACUACUUUUUCUGAGCAGUUGUACCAGACAAUGAAAGAGAAACAAAGGAUGCUGUCAAUCCCAGAAUGAUAGAAACAAGCCAUGCCCUUGGCCUUGCUAAAGUUUCACAGAAUUCUUAUCAAGUGCAGUCACUGCUGUCACUUCUCUAUGAAAUGAUGUGGUCACAUUCCAACUCAGGUCAUUAGAGACACUUAUUCCAGGAAAUUUGAAGAAUGUGAUCUGAUUGACACUCACCAGAAGAGGAACUUUCCUUUGCCUAAAAUCAAUCAUUCACUUCCUUUGAUGUUUGUUGUUGUUGCUACACAUUUAGAUUGAAGUUACUACUAACACACUUGUCUACACUCUGGACUUCACUCCUUUAAGUCAAUUCAUCAGUUACAGAAAUGAUGUCUCUAAUAGUUGUGUCAUCAGAGAAUUUGUCAACCUGAACAGAACAGACAGAUUCACCAAUGUGCCCUCAUUAGUAAACAAAGUAAAGAGAAGACAGAAUAGAACAAACCUGAGCACCAGCAUUCAGUACUCUGGAGGCAGACACCUUACCACUGGGCAUGACAAUCUGAGGACAGUCUAACAGAAACUCAAGUACCUAAUGACAGAUGGGCUGAUCCAUCUUUUAAGACUAGUUUCUCAUAUAGCUUGUGCGGGAUAAGGGUAUUGAAAGCACUAAAAAAUCUAUACACAGCACUCAAGCAUAUGUAUGUGGAGUGUCCAGAUGCUGCAGCAUGAAGUCCAAGGGUGGCUGCAUCCUCCACUGACCUGUUGGCAUGGUAUGCAAACUGGAGUGGGUCAGACAACCAAAUGGCACGUAACUGCCUUCAAGCGGUGCAAAACCAACCGAUCGAAGAACCAACCGAUCAAAACCUUCAUAAUACAGUACCAAUGUGUGACCAAUGGUUACUUGUGGGCGAAUGAGAAUGGCAUACAGACCAGGGCAGAAGUGACUACAGUAACUGUUAAUUAUCCAGGAUUAACAUCAACAUCAUAUUCAUCUGACACCCAUUUCCCUUACGCCCUCUAGCCAAGUUUAAGGCUGUCGGGUCCAGUCGCUGUCAGUUCUCCUAUAAUCAGAAAAGGUACCGCUGGAGGGAGGGGGAUUAAACAAGACGCCUCCCUCCUCGCGCACACCCCUAUAACAGUGGGAAUUCGAUACUAAAUGACCGGGUACUCAAGCAACUACACCCGCUAUCAGCUGGCCGCUCGCAACAGGACAGGCAAUAUCCGCCCCCUUCCCCAAUCCCUCCCAUUGCUGCAACGCGCUGAAUACUCAAGUAUGGCCAUGUGCGCAGUCGGCCAAAAGUCAAAUUCUGACACAAUACUGACUUGCUAAGAACCCUUUGUGACAAAAGUCUGGCGCUGCUGCCGACCCCGAUAGUGUCACGUGACCAGAAUGCUGCACGGCAAGGUAUGACCUCUCACCUGCUGCCGUCUAUUAGUCCUACAUACUGUCAUGUCCACGCUCUUAAUUCCGUUAUUUCAUGAUAACUGGGGAUUGGUGACAAAUUACAGUGGGCGUAUCACAUGCAUCGUCUCAAUCAUUACAACCGUGUAAUACUGGAUAUAACAUCGCCGCCUGCAACAGGUAGCCUUGGACUGGCUGAAAUGGCCGGUGCUGCGGUUUAUAGGGGAAAGGUCUGUAUAUAACAAUAGUUUAGUUGCUCAGUACAAAUCGAAGCUUGUGGGUUUAUAUCACUAAUGGCAUUCAAUGGUGCUUCAGUAUUUUCACUAAGAAAGGUGCACUUUUAAAACAUUAGGCCUGAAGUGCAUCAAGAACAGGCACUCACGCAGUGACAGACAGAACUGUCUUUGUGUGUACACCUGAGUAAAGACAUUUUCACCGCAGUUUCAUAAUCUCUUGCCAAACAUUACCCAAUCUAGCAGCUGUGUUAGUGAAUGUUCUCUGAACUCUUUCAUAUUACUGUAUGAAAGCCGUACACAUGUACCCACGCAAACCUCUCUCCUACCUGAGCAAUAAUUUCAAUGGCCAUUGCUACACAGGAAUCGACCUAUACAAUAGUGAUCACACACACUACUGAAAAUAUGUAUAUCCUCAGCUGGCUGAUCUCAAUGUUCUCGCGGUGACCGAUGGAGGAAGGAUGACAAGGCCGAGAAAACUGCAGUACGCGGAGGACGGACUGACAAACAGCUCAGGGAAGCAGGUGUCACACACAGUUCCACACACACUGUCAAGCUAGGCAUAGGAUCCUCAAGUGUCUGGGUGACGAACGCUUGACCACUACACUAGCUGACGAGUGAGUGCAGUUAGCAACAGGCACCAAGUCAGGUGGUUGAUGAUUGUUCUCCUCUCUGUGCCUGGCGACCAGCCAACCAACGCCAGGCUGCCGACGACAGCAGCAACGGUCUGACGACAAGCUCCUCCUGCUACGGUUCCACGCCCCCUCACCGACACGACCAGUGGCACUACAACCUGAGGUCUGCCACCCAGACAUUAGAGGUUCGGAUCUGAGCACGUCUCUCUCUCUCGGUGACACCUUUUAUAGGGCUAUACUACUAGUUCGUGGAGCUAGAGCCGAGUAGCCAAGAGCCAAGCUAAACAACCAACCCACCCGACGGGGCCUCUGGAGUCUGCCUUAUACACUUCUUUUUUGUGCAACCAGACAAGCGCAUCAUUUUGCCUGCAGAAUGCUAACUACUCAAAGACUCAAAACAAAGACUUUAAAUUUUGUGGGUAACAGAUUUCCAAGGAUGUUGAAAACAUGGGCACAUGUCUCAUUGUAAUCAACAAAUAAAAAAAGGCAUUUUUAAACUAAAGGAGCUUAGGAACAAUCUGUCAGAGAGGCACCAUAAAAAAAAAUAAAAAUGACAGAAAAGAAACAAUUAACUGCAGCUGAACUUAUUGAAACCAGCUUCCUGAGCUGCACUCACUGCCACCAGCAGUUCAUUGCCCCCACACUGCUGCCAUGCCUGCAUGUUUUUUGCUCAAAGUGCAUUCAGCAGUUGCUGCAGGCAGACACCAACAAUGGCCAGCUAAAGUCAUCAAGAAGCUUUCAGUGCCCUCUGUGCCAAGAAAUUGUGACGAUGACGAGUGCCAGCCCCUACACUUCAUGGUGACCUUAUGUCAACUGCAGACUUACAAGCACCAGGCAGAGCGCACCUGCAGCUACUGUGAAUUUGAAGGGCGGACAAAGAAGGCCACCUUUCUGUGCCUGCAGUGUACUGACGAUCUGUGUGAGCAGUGUGCAAUGGCCCACCGCAAGACGCGCCUCACACGCACCCACGUGCUGGCCCCUUAUGAACAAAUCAAGCAAGGGCUUUACGACCAUGACAUUCGCGAGGCCCAGAAUUUCCUCUGCUCUCUGCAUUCACUUCCGCUGGCUGACUUCUGUGAAGAUUGCAUGCAACUCGUAUGCAAAAGCUGCCGGUCUGGAGAACACAAUGACCACCGCUGUGAGUCAUCUGAAGCAGCUGUAUCAAAGUUUAAGCUACAAGCCAGCAGCUUUGUGCAGGGACUGCAGCGACAGAGCUUGGCCCUUGGUGAACAUCAGGCCUUCCUGCACUCUCAGCUGCAGAUGGUGAAGGAAAGAGAGGUAACCCUGCGAGAUACAGUCCUGCAGCAAGCAGAAGCCAUACAUGCUCUUGUCACAGCACACUGCAGCACCAUGCUGGAACUAAUUGAAGCGACCUUCAGGAAGGAGCAAGAUGCCAUCCAACGUCAUAGUGAUGACCUGCAGGUGGCCACGCAGUCCCUGAACAACAACGCAGACUUUCUUCAGCACCUGCUGGCACUAGGCUCACCUUGUGAGGUGCUGCAGCUGUCCAAUGCCAUCAUGAUCCGUCUCAAGCAUCUCUUGCGUAUGGAGCCCAUGACCAGGACUCAGAACUUUACAGCACACUUCCACCCAGGGCCCACUACACAACAGAACAUGCAGAUUAUGUUCGGAGACCUGAAUUUCUACCAUGUGCCUCUGAAUCAAGAAGAGGUGGAGUCCAGUGGCCAUCUGACAAUAGCAACGCUGCUGCCAGAGCCACUGAAUCCUGCUCAGCUGGUAGACUGUAUAGAGGCCAAGCUGGAUGAUGAUGCCAAGGAAGUGUGGCCAUCUGGGCUGUGUGUUUACAGAGAUCUUAUGGUGCUAGUUGACAGAGACAACAAGAAAAUAAAGAUCUUUGACCACAACUCCAAGGUCCCUAAGCUUAAGUUCCAGUUCUCAGGCAUGGCUGAACAUAAGCUGGUCAAUCCAUUUGAUGCAGUUUUGUUAAAAAAUGGUGUAGUGGUAGUGACAGACUAUGGUGCUGAGAAAGUUAAGGUAUUUGAUGUGACAGGCCGCUGGAUUGGGGACAUCUGCGGUGAUUUCCGGCACCCUAGAGGUAUUGCUGUGACUGGCAAAGGCCAGCUUGUAGUGGUUGACAGUUUGCUUCUCCAAGUGACACUGCAUGAUAUGGACAGUGGUCAGCUAUUGAGGACCAUCCCUGCCACUGACCAGAGUGGCAACAAGUUGCUGGUUGAUCCAUUUUAUGUUACUGUUAUGGAUGAUGACAAGAUUAUUGUUACAGACCAUGCUGCACCAAACAUAAAGGUGUUCAGCGUGGAGGGUAAGCAUCUGGCCACAUAUGGGCAUUAUGGCACCAGUGCAAGCCAAGUCCUAAAACCAUUUGGAAUUUGUGUUGACAGGUAUGGACAACUACUACUAGCUGACAGUGAUAACCAUCGAGUUCAUCUGCUACUCCCCAAUGGCAAGUUCUCCCGUUUUCUUCUGACCCAUCGAGACAAAGUGGCCCACCCAGUGACACUAGCAAUUGACAGUAAUGGGUACCUGGUGGUUGGUGAGGCACUUGGCAAAAUAAAAAUCUUCAAGUAUCUCUAGUAAGAUGUCUUUGCUUAGCUUGAAAGUGAAAUUUGACAGUUCAAACAGAGAAAACAAUAUCAAUGAAAUCUAGGCCAAAUUACAUGUGAGGUGAAUUCUCAUUUCAAUGCAGUUAAGCAAUAUUUUUUUUUAAAUGUGAACCAGUUCAGACAGUUUAGCAUAGGGACUAUUCAUAUUCUUUUAGCUGUUCGGUGUCCAUACAAUUGUUUCUUCUAAAGUUUCUUUUUAUCUUCCAUAAUACUUCAUUUGUGUAACAGAAUGGGGACAAGGUAAAGUGCUAAGUUGAGAUGUUUAUACAGUAAAAACCUCACUAUUAAGACUUGCUGACAUUCACCAACAUUGGGAUGUAACUGAGCAGGAUCAGCAGGAAAAUCUACCAGCCUGCUUUUGUUUCAUAAACCAUGACUAUAAAUUCAUAUUCAUUUAUUUAAAUGUUGAAAAUAAUCCUCUUAAAACCAUAUCAUUUUGGGAUUUUUUUACUACUGUUGUUUCGCUUUUGCUCAGUCACACUUUCUUAUUCACCCAUUGAGGCAUCUGAUUGAAGAUUUAUAGGGGAACUAAGCCAGGUAAAAGCAGUCAAUUCAUGUACCAUGGCAGACAAAGAUGCUACUCUCUUAAAAUACACUAUAGAUAUUUUUUUUUUAAAAUGAUUUCAGCGCUCCCAACACCAAAUGUUGAAUCAACCUGAGGCCAGGCUAAGUGAAUGCCCAAUCAGCAAUAAUUGUUCAAUGUUAACUGAACGUCUGUAUAUAUAUAUUUAACACAAACCUCCAAACUAAAUAAUAAAUAAUGGUGCAGGCUUCUCUUCUUUCAAAUUUGAUUGUAAGAGCAAAUUACGUUUAAAUGCCAUUGUGAGAUUUGUUCUCUGAAUAUGCAUUACCAAAGCAGUAUUUUAUGUUUAGUAAAAUGGUGGCUAAACUUGCUUAAACAAUGGCUUUGUUGUUAACAUUUGACAUUAAUAGCUACUACAGAAGAUCAGUGAUCGAUUCAUCUUUUAGGCCUUGACCAAUUUUUAAUUUUUGGUGUUGGGAUGAUAUAGUCUUAUGUGGGAUGAUACAGUCAUGGUGGGGUGGAUUCAAGAGAUUUAGAUGGUUGAUAUUGUUGGCACAAAAUGAGAUCAGACAAACAAGCAGACUCUUUCACAAUGUAUUUAUUUUUUUAUAUUAUUUCUGCAGAAAUUCAUAGUAGGGGUUAACCUUUUGGCCAGAAGCAGUCUAUUUUAAAAUGUACUGGUUUUUUUUCAACACACGACUUCUGCAAAAAAGUUGUAAUGGAGCACAAUCUCAUGCUUGUAAGUUGCACUGGGAGGUAACUGUAAUAGAGAUGUUUAUGUAACAAAAUAUGUCCAUAAAAAAUUGUGGUUAUAUCCAAGAGAGGUUUGCAAUGUGGAAGGAAUUCAUGAGGUUUCACUGUACUGCAAAAAUUACAAAUUCCUCCUGGCUUCCAAAUAAAAAAACAAAACCUAUGCAAUUCCUAUAAUGAGAUCUAGUUACUUAUCUUUUUUCUGUGAGUGAAAAUGUGUGCACAUGUGUAUAAGUGUUGGUGUGUAUGUGUUGUGUAUAUGUGUAGAGAAGACCUGGGCAAGGGGCGGCCCCUCAUGCUGCCCCUUGGGAAAAUUAAUUGCCCACCCCUGGUGUAGAGGAAGGAUUUAUUUCUACAGAUACACUGUCAGAAUCAGACAGAGGAGAGAGAGAACUGUGUAUAUACAUGUUGUAUGUGUGUGGAGAUAGGAUUUAUUUCUUGAGAUAUACUAUGCCAGUGAGUCACCAAGAAAUAGUAUUGUGUAUGAUGUGUGUGGAGGAAAGAUGUAUUUCUUGAUUUACUAUAUCAGAGAAGUUGAUGUCUCAUGACAAUGUAAGUAAAGCUAAUUAUAUUUACAAUCAAGUUUUAAGCCUCAUAUACUUUUUAUUAGUUAGCAUAAGAAGACUACAAGCUCUUUCUUUGAACCUGGCAGGUACAUGCCAAAAAGAAAAGUGUGUACCAAAGAGCAAAACAACUCACAAUUAUAGAAGUACUCAGUUCACUUCACAAGCCACCAAAGAUAAUACACAUGUAGUAUGAACUUAACAAAGAAGCUAUGAUUUAACAAAUAUUUUUUUUACCUUUAAAACUGUAAAUGAAUGGGCUUUUAUAUAUAUACAGAACAUCUGAAUCGAACGAUGAAGAAAUUUCUGAAAUGUAGAUUAUCUGCUAAUGCGUUUGAUCAACAGCAAAUAACAACACCAUAAUCUGCA